GCGAGAGCGGACGCCGAAUGAUAUGACGGGACUGGACACAAACCUCCCUGUGGAAGACGAUCCUGAAACCCGUCAAAAAAUACCUCGCCGAGAUCUAUAAUUGAAAAGCGAAAUUAGUGUGCGGACGAGGGAGAAGCCCCUGGAGAGACCGCCUUAUGGAAUACGAACUGAGCGACGAGGCGGCCGGGCAGACGUGUGCAUUGGGCGGCGCUGCGAUGCUGUGCGGCGGUUCGGCUGACGGCGUCGUCGUCCUCGGCUGAUGGGGCCUCGGCAGUCGCGCUCGUCUCGCUUGCUGAGUUCAUAAGUCUUUUAGCUGCUCCUCCGGCUUUGCUUUAAUAUUUUCUUUUAGUUUUCUUCUUUCUCUUCUUUUUUCUGAUUUGCUGUCUCCGUUGGUACCUACGAAGCAAGUCUGUCUCACCGGAGUGUCUCGGGUGACUGUAGGGAGCUUUUGACGUCCACUUUCUUGACGAAGCAAUAGUGGAUCUAGAUGUAUGCAAGACAAAAAGAAACACACGUCAUACUUGUAGUUUAGGUCAGUCGUCUGUCUGACAGUACGAUACACACAAAAAUUAAUUCUGAUCCUGAAGAGAAGCAAUCAGCCUGGCGAUUUCAGACGAGCCACGAAACUUCAAUGAUCAAAGGCGGCUUUCGAAGGAGCGUCCAUGAGCUGGCCAAGACCAGCGACGCCGUCAGCAUGCAACAACAGCAGCACCCCAUCACGACAGUUAGAACAACCACCAACAGCUUUUUCAGCAAUAAAUCCUCCCCCAUUGGUGGCGUCCAUAUACCCACCAUCAGCUGCGGGACCCACACCGCACACCGAACAAACACAGCAUGCCAUGGCAGCACCUUCAGAAGAAUCAGCAACGCGACGCCUUUUCCCCAGGCCGACGACCCACGCACCUUCACGUCGAUCGUCGAAGGCUGCGACGGCGACCGAGGGGCUCAGAUGAGCAGGGCUGACGUAGGCGGAUGCACAGGCGGGUCGUCCGAGAACCCCGGGGGCGUCCUCGGGAGCCAUAACAGCGGCACGACGGUCGGCAAUCUGGGUCUCGAUCCUGCGGCAGGGGGCGUCGGCUCGAACGGAGGCGGAGGCGACGACCUGACGUCCCUGAGCUGGCUUCACUCACUCGACAUGUGCGGGAUGGUGCCCCAUCUGGCCACUCCGCCCACGCCCCCGGCUUCCCCACAGCCACAGAACCUCCUGGCCUCCUCCCAGAUGCUGCACAACUCUCCUGCGGACAAAAAGCGGAAAGCGGAAUUACAGGAGAAGCAAGACAACAUCGACUACUCGGUCGACGGCAGCGUGAAGCCUCCUUACAGCUACGCGGCCUUGAUUGGGAUGGCCAUGAAAGAGAACCAGAACAAAAUGACGCUCUCGGCCAUCUACAAGUGGAUCAAGGAGAACUUCGCUUACUACAAGACCGCUGAUCCAUCGUGGCAGAACUCGAUCCGCCACAACCUGUCCCUCAACAAGUGCUUCCUCAAGGUGCCUCGGAGCAAAGACGAGCCGGGCAAGGGCGGCUUCUGGCGCCUGGACCCCGAGUACGCCGACUCCCUCGUCGACGGCGUGUUCAAGAAGCGGCGGCCGUCGCGCCCCGCGCCCCCGCCGCCCGCCAAAUCCAAGAAGACCCGCCGGCAGGGGCCGCAGGCGCAGCCUAGCCCCGGUCUUCACCAACACCUGCAGCACCAGCAGCACCUCGCUCAGCCGGGCCAGCAGGGGGCUCAGCACACCAUCGGAGGAGAGAUGAAGGUCGUGGUGCAGCCCGUGCAGGCGGCCUUCAUGCCGCCGCCCAGCACCAAGCCGCCGCCGAGGCCCAACGUCUUCCUCCAGCACGACGGUGUUGGUAUAGACACUGGUAUCAGUGAAUCCCUGAAGGACGACCUCGUGUGGUCGACUCUGCUCGGCGACGAGGUCCCGGACGACGCGUGGCCGUGUCGGACGCAGGAGCUGGUGACGGACCUCAGCCACACGGGCGAUCCCUCGACGUACCCGGCCAUCACCACCAGCGCCGCCGCCGCCGCCGCCACGCAGAUCGUCCACCCGCAUCCGCCCCACCCCGUCACCUACCCGCACGUCCUCCACGUGGCCACCCACCCGAGCCCCCAGCACCAGCAGAUCGUAACCAUCACCACCUCGUCCUCCCCUCUGUCGUCAGCCUCGUCCACGUCCCCGGGUCUGCCGUCCCUGGAGCUGAGCCCGGAGUCCCUCGGGGUGGAGGAGGAACUCUUCACCAGCCCCGAGUACUCGGAAGCCUCCAACGAAUCCUCCCUAGACAUCAGCGGCAGCCACGGGGGAUGGGGAAAGGGGGGUUACUGCGAGCUUCCCUCUAUCAGCACCUUCUGCAGCGGCUUGACUCAACUCACGCCGCUUGAGCCCUCCAGUGCGCCCGUGCUAGUACAAGACGCCCACGCCUGGGGCCCCGACGCCAGCUGGGACGAAGCCAAGACUCUAUCCUUACUCGAUGCCAACCUUGAUUUUGAUAACCUCAUAGACUUGGAUGUUCUUGGAAAUUAAUCAAUACAGUAUAUAAUUGAAAGUGUUGGCUGAGAUAGGAUACUCGAUAAGCGAAGUAGAGAACGACUUUUGUAAAAAUGUGUAGUCUGUACCAAAUUGUCCUUUUAAGCAAGUCGUUCCUAACCAGUCCUGAAUUCGUUGUGCCAUAGCCUGAACUGGGAGCAGAAUUUUACAUUCGCUCAAGCUUAAAGAUGCUGUUAAAUGCACACAGUGAACACAUUAAGCACAAAGUUUGAUUUUGGUGCGAAAUUUGUCUGCAGAUAUCAUCCGAAAUGUUACAUGUCUCAGAAUGGAUGCUGUGUAUCUAUUUGUUUUCUGGGAAAUACAUAAAGGUAAACAGCUGAUUGCAGUUGCCUUUAGCUGCCCAUUCUGUAUUAUAUGUACCAUUUUGGAUGAAAGACAGUUUCGUUAGGAUACUUAAACUAGUCUAAAUAUGUGGUUUUCGAAUUUAGCUUGUAAAUAAAGCGAUGUUUGCUAAGCUAUACUGUGACUUAGUCUAGUCAUAUAGUGUACAUUUUCUUUCCUUGUAUCUAUCUCUUGUUUUUCAUCCAUCGCGAAAUAACUGUAACUGUAAUAUAUCGUCAUAUAUCUAAGGUCAUACAGUAGUGAAAUUUAAAAGGUAUUUUUCUUCUGUAACGUAGCAUUAAUGUCUGUAAUUUGCCGUCCUUUGGCGCUCGACCCUUACACUCCGUCCAGUCUAUGUCAGUCCAGGACCUGCAAGAUGAGACCGAAUCUCCGUCCGGCGGGUCCUGGCGGAGCGAGAGAGCGUGGCUGCGAGCGAGCGAGUCAGCGGAGCGGAUCAGCAUGACCGUGCGUGGACGGCAUCGAUUCGGAAACGUGCGUUGGGUGCCUGUCUAUGCUGUGUGUGUAUGCUUGUGGAUGUGC